UGCUGGGCCUCGGUUAUGCUAACCAAUGGGAAAGAACAGGUGAUCAAGUCCUGUGUCUCUCUCCCAGAGCUGAAUGCUCAAGUCUUCUGUCAUAGUUCCAACAAUGUUACCAAAACUGAAUGCUGCUUCACAGAUUUUUGCAACAACAUAACACUGCACCUUCCAACAGCAUCUCCAGAUAUCCCAAAACUCGGACCCAUGGAGCUGACCGUUGUUAUUGCUGUGCCAGUCUGCCUUCUGUCCAUGGCAGCGGUGCUGACGAUAUGGGCAUGCCAAGGUCGCCAGUGCACAGACAGGAAGAAAAGGAGACAGAAUGUGGAGGAACCCCUCUCUGAGUGCAAUCUGGUAAAUGCUGGAAAAACCCUAAAAGAUCUGAUUUACGAUGUGACUGCCUCUGGCUCUGGCUCUGGUCUGCCUCUGUUGGUUCAAAGAACAAUCGCAAGGACGAUCGUACUUCAGGAGAUAGUGGGAAAAGGUAGAUUCGGUGAAGUCUGGCAUGGAAGAUGGUGUGGGGAAGAUGUGGCUGUAAAAAUAUUCUCCUCCAGAGAUGAAAGAUCUUGGUUUCGUGAGGCAGAAAUUUACCAAACGGUUAUGCUGAGACAUGAGAACAUACUUGGUUUCAUUGCUGCUGACAACAAAGAUAAUGGAACUUGGACUCAACUUUGGCUUGUCUCCGAAUACCACGAACUGGGCUCCUUAUAUGACUAUUUGAAUAGAAACAUAGUGACAGUGGCUGGCAUGAUCAAAUUGGCACUUUCCAUAGCUAGUGGUCUGGCCCACUUACAUAUGGAGAUUGUUGGUACGCAAGGUAAACCUGCAAUUGCUCAUCGAGAUAUAAAAUCGAAGAAUAUCUUAGUGAAAAAGUGUGAAACGUGUGCCAUAGCAGACUUAGGGUUGGCUGUGAAGCAUGAUUCGGUACUGAACACUAUUGACAUACCUCAGAAUCCUAAAGUGGGAACCAAAAGGUAUAUGGCUCCCGAAAUGCUGGAUGAUACGAUGAAUGUGAAUAUAUUCGAGUCCUUCAAACGAGCUGACAUCUAUUCUGUUGGUCUGGUUUAUUGGGAAAUAGCCCGAAGGUGUUCAGUUGGAGGAAUUGUUGAGGAGUACCAGUUGCCUUAUUAUGACAUGGUGCCUUCAGAUCCCUCAAUAGAGGAAAUGAGGAAGGUUGUUUGUGACCAGAAGUUUCGACCAAAUAUCCCCAACCAGUGGCAAAGCUGUGAAGCACUCCGAGUCAUGGGGAGAAUAAUGCGUGAGUGUUGGUAUGCCAAUGGGGCAGCCCGCCUGACCGCCCUUCGUAUUAAGAAGACUAUUUCUCAACUUUGUGUCAAAGAAGACUGCAAAGCCUAA